AUGUCGAUCGAACUGGGCACGAGCUUUGCAGCGAAGUUAGAACCGUUUCUACUCAUGGCGAAGUCGGCCAAGGGUGCGGCGGCUGCGAAGCUUGUGCAGGACGCCACCGCCGCCUCUGGGGUAUUCGUAUUCGCAGAGUUACUGGACCAGCCGAAUAUCAAGGAGCUGGCCACGAGCGAGCAGCAUGCGCAGUAUUAUUCAUUAUUACAGCUCUUCUCGUACAAGACGUACCAGGAUUACCUUCAACACAAGGACGUCCUGCCAUCGCUCAACCAGGCUCAGAUCACGAAGCUGAAGCACCUCUCCCUAGUCUCCCUAGCCAUGGAACGCAGGAUACUGCCGUAUAGUACCCUUCUGCAGGCGCUGGACAUGGCGACUAUCCGCGAGCUGGAGGACCUCAUUAUCGACGCAGUGUACAUGGAUGUGAUUCGGGGGAAGCUCGACCAGAAGGAGCAACAGUUCGAGGUUGAGUAUACAAUGGGGCGGGAUUUGGAGCCAGGGAAGGUAGAGGGGAUUCUGGCUGCCUUGCAGGAUUGGGCGUCCACGACCGCAUCCGUGCUCGCUACGCUGGACAAUAAGCUCGCUUCCUUGUCUUCUCGGACAGCAGCUAAACAAGCCGAAGACGAGGAGUACGACAAGACCGUGCAGAACAUUCUCAAAGAAGUGUCGGAGAAGCAGAAAGAGAACAAGGCGGCCGGGAAGAAGGUCCUGGGGAUGGGUUCGAUGCAGGAGAAGAUGGCCAUGGACAGUAUGGAUGUCGACGAGCCGGUGGAGAACAUCAAAGGCAAGAACCGAAAAGCAACUGCGGAGAUGUCUGCGAAGCCGCAGAGGAAGCGGAAUCGUUUCUGAGAGGCGGGACGCGUACUCGUCGUUCACUCCCUCGUACCGUGCUGUUAACUCUGUGAUAAUGUUCUGUUCUGUAAUUUGCAUGUAGCAAUACCAAUCUGAGACUCUUGGACAUGUACGACACUG